CCCACUCGGUUCAGCCGGCUGAGGAAGGUAGCACGAGCCGAUCCCCUUUCUCCACCACCGCCGCCGACCAAACCAAUCCCGGCCGCCUCCAGCACGCUUCGCCGCCGUGCUGCACCCCCACAGCUCUCCCCUUGAUCCGUUCCACUCACUCCAUGGAGGCGGAGGCGGCGCCAUCGGCGGUGGUCGGAGGGGAUGGCGGCGUCAGGGUCGUCGGCAGGAUCUGCCCCCCUGCAGCUUCUACCGCCGGGACUUCCUUCUUCCAGGUCGCCGCCGUGGCCGCAGCUCCUCCCACUUGUACCCCACCUUCUUCGUCGCAAGGGUUUCAUCCUGCCAUCAAUUCCUUCCCUACUGAAGGACAUUUUUUUCACAACACCAUCAAUGGUAGUCGGUGGCGUUGUUUCAGAUUAUCUGACGAUGCUUUCGCAAUUUUAAUCUGUCAGCGUCAGUCAAACCCCAACCAUGUGUGUGUAUGUUGGGUUUAACUAGGGUUUAUCAUCGCAGUUUGCUUCUCUUUUCAGUGUACUUUACAUGGUCAGCCAAGCAGCCAGCCCAAAUCUUGAUUGCAGUUCAGUGUUCAGUGUUUAGCUUCUUUUGCCCCUCACAGAGCAAAAUACAACAAGCCGUGUACCACUUCAAGUGUGUCUCCAAGCCGUGGCGCUACCUAAUCUCCGACCGCAACCACCGCAAGAGGCUGCCGCAGACCCUCGCCGGCUUCUUCUACGUUAGCGAGAGCUGGGACAACAACCGCCUCUGCCCAAUCUUCGAGCAACACUUCAGUAAUCUAUCGGGUUGCCAACCGCCGUUGGUCAAUCCCAUGCUCCCGUUCCUGCCCAACCAUGCUGACAUGAGCGUCUUGGACUGCUGCAAAGGCCUCCUCCUCCUCUGCCACCACAAGAGUACCUCUUCCCUGCGGCACUAUGAUUACUUCGUCUGCAAUCCCGCUACUGAGAAAUGGGUAGCCUUGCCGGACCUUGGGGUUGGGGACGAUGAUGAAUUCUUUCCCUACCCCUCCUGUCUGGUGUUUGACCCGGCCGUCUCCUCUCAUUUCCACGUCUUCUUGUAUCAGGAGGGGAUCGGCUCAACUGGCCAAGUGAGGAUCUACUCGUCCCGCACUGGUCGAUGGAUUAUCCGGGACAUGAGCUUGAAUCGCUGGAUUUGUCUACGUAGCACCGUCUACUUCAAUGGCCUGCUGUAUUUCCUUACCUAUGAGUAUGUGCUCGUGACCAUGGAUUUGGAGGCAAAGGAGUUGAAGGAGAUUAAGUUGCCCGAUGCUGGGGGAUCUACUUUUUUCCUGCUUGGACAGUCUCAGGGCUGCUUGUGGUAUGUCGCCAAAGAUGAAGAUGAGAAUAAAAUAUCAUUCUGGACUCUGGAAGAUGGUGCAUGGAGCUUCAACCAUAGUUUCCCCGGUUCAGACUGUCAACAUCCUGUUGCAUUUCACCCAGAUUGCAAUACCUUCUUCUUUACUAUGGGUUUGGAGAACAGGCUGAUGUCAUAUAAUAUUGAUCGUGGCAAAGCACGCUGUCUUUUCGUUCUCGGAUCAGGCCAUUUUGACUGGUUUCGUCCGUACGUGCCUUGCUUUUCAGACAUGUUAGCAGAUGAGGACUGAGUGUUGCAGGCAGACUCGGCCUGUUACUCUGGAUGGAUAGCUGACAUUCAUGGAUCAGGCGUACAUCCAUGCGAAUGCAAUGCAAUGCAACCCCGGUGCAGUGAUUCCAAAGAGUCGCUAAUUUUGUGCCAGGUGUGUUUUACUCCUUUUGUAGCAAGUGAAGUGAUUCUUCUUGAGCUACAUCUUGUAAACUGAUGACGUUGGCAACAAAACGAGGAUUUAACUUGUAAGGUAGAGCAGAUUUACGCGAUGAUUGAUUUUGUACUAGUAUGCUAA